UUUUGUGGAGCUUUCCGCCCUUCUUUGCGAAUCCGUAGUGUUUCCAAACAUCCCAUUUAAACCAUUUAAACGUUGCGGGCGGGGGGGGGGGUGUUAAAUAUAUAAAUACAGAAAGUUCCUCGCUGCUGCUUUUGCUACGAACGUCCAUGCUGUUUUACUAGUAGUUUGUAGUAUGUGCCUCACGGCUUCCGUCCGUAUUUAAUACAAAAGGCCAAAUAACGAUGGUGCAUUCAGGGCGCCUGGGGAACAGCAAAUGAGGCGAAGUUGAACAUGAAUAAAAUACCCUUCCACAGCAGCCACGGAGAAGAAUGUGCUUUUUUCAUACGUGGGACUUUGGCGACAUCUAACGGUGAUAUAAUGUCAUUACUUGUUAAAAGCAUUUUAAUCGGGUGUCAGUCAAACGUAAUUUAUGCAUUGUUGAAAUUGGUGAUGUAGAUGAUGGAUUAUGGAUUAUGGAUGAUGGAUUAUGGAUUAAGGAUGACUAGUUGUCAUAAUAAAGGAUGCCAUAAGCGAUCUUUAAGGACGCACGGACGAGAAGCAGACACCGUAGAUGGAAACUUAAGGACCAGAAUGAUGGACGUGUGUGGAGGUGUGGGCGUGUCCUUUGUUUAUCGUAACAGGAGUCACGGAGACACGAGAGGCAUCCAUAAUCCAUGAGGAUCUUCCACGUGGCGACACCAGCACCGUCAUCCUCAAGACUGGACACUUCAUUAGGAUCCGGUCCCAUGUGACAAAGGACCCAAGGUUCUGGAAGAGAGCCGCCCUGAAAUAUGCAUGAGGAAAUCCACACCUGUUUCCAGGUGGAUGAGGCGGGAAGAGACCAGGUGAAGCGAAGAGAGAGCAUCUCCCAAACAGGAAGUGGACCCCAGCAGCGGCCCCCAGCAUCCAGGAGCCAUCAUGAAUCCUUUGUGGAGGGUUUACAAGAGCAAAGUCCUGAAGACCCUCAACCCCGAGUACGUGGAGGAGACCGCCGACGAGGUCUGUGAGACGGAGGAAGACCUGGGUCCGGUCCAGGAGGAUCCCCAAGGCCAAAACGCCAUGUCUCAGCUGGCCCGCAAAAUGCAGGGGGCGGGGGCCAAAAGCUGGAACAGACUGGCGGCCAUCUUUAACCAAGACGACCAACACCAACUCCUCCCUGACACCCAAAGUCCUCCCAUCGCUGACCAUCCUCUUGCAGUAAGGCCGGAGGUGUCCGCCCCCCCCACCAGGCGCUCCGGCUUCUGGGACAGCUUUGCUGCCAACUGGGCGGCCAGGAAGCAGGCGGAGGAAGAUGCUGGUGUGGGAGACCAGGAGCCACAAGAGGCCGUGGAGGAGGAGGAGGAGCAGGAGGAGGAGGAGGGGGGGCGUGACGGGGACAUGAACCCAAGCGAAGGAACCCGCUCCUUCUCCAGGUACGUGUCUCUGGGAGGGGGGGAGGACGCCCCCUUCAGGUGGAACUUUGUCAGCAGCAAACUGGCCGAGCUGAGAAGUAAGAGUGCGGCCCACAGCGACUAACAUCUUCAUCUUCUUCCUCCUCGGCGAUCCGGCAGCCAUCGCAUUAUCGUAUUGGCACAAUGCUUUUAUUUUGAAGGCUGCAGGAUGUGGUGGGCUGGUUGCUGGCUGGCUGGCUGGCGUCCAUCAUAGAACCUCCAGCCAAACCAGCAGGACAUCUACAGCUGUAAGGUCCAAAGGUCCAAAGGUCCAAAGGUCCAAAGACAAUAACCUGGUCGUGUUAUGAGGUCAGAGGUCACGUUAGUAGCAUGAAGAGGAGGUAGUGAAGGGGACCUACCAAGCUUUGUCACCUUUGACCUACGAGCGUCCUUACAAUGUCCUCUUCUGGCUCAGACCAGGCCGACCUUUGAACCUUUCUGGAAGUCAGCCCUCACUGUCUGAACGUCACAGUGUGCCCCCCACCCAAUCCAUCUCCAUCCAUCUCCAUCCAUCCCCAUCCAUCUCCAUCCAUCUCCAUCCAUCCCCAUCCAUCUCCAUCCAUCUCCAUCCAUCUCCAUCCAUCCCCAUCCAUCCCCAUCCAUCUCCAUCCAUCUCCAUCCAUCUCCAUCCAUCUCCAUCCAUCCCCAUCCAUCCCCAUCCAUCUCCAUCCAUCCCCAUCCAUCUCCAUCCAUCCCCAUCCAUCCCCAUCCAUCUCCAUCCAUCCCCAUCCAUCUCCAUCCAUCCCCAUCCAUCUCCAUCCAUCUCCAUCCAUCCCCAUCCAUCUCCAUCCAUCUCCAUCCAUCCUCAUCCAUCUCCAUCCAUCUCCAUCCAUCUCCAUCCAUCUACAUCUCCAUCCAUCUCCAUCCAUCUCCAUCCAUCUCCAUCCAUCCCCAUCCAUCUACAUCUACAUCCAUCUCCAUCCAUCCAUCUCCAUCCAUCUCCAUCCAUCCCCAUCCAUCUCCAUCCAUCUCCAUCCAUCUCCAUCCAUCUCCAUCCAUCUACAUCUCCAUCCAUCUCCAUCCAUCCCCAUCCAUCCCCAUCCAUCUACAUCUCCAUCCAUCUCCAUCCAUCCCCAUCCAUCUCCAUCCAUCUCCAUCCAUCCCCAUCCAUCUCCAUCCAUCCUCAUCCAUCUCCAUCCAUCCCCAUCCAAGAUGAUGUGAAGUUUGAUUUGCUGCACGCGAGGAGAAGAGUGGAAGAGCUUAGAAAUGGAAUCAUCUCUCCUAGUCUCCUCUGGAUGAUCUUCUCUGGAUUAUUUAUUGUCUUCUUCUUCUUCUUCUUCUUUGCUUGUGAGCCAAUAAAAAUAUUUACAUUGCUGAUACAUUUCA